AUGCAAGGUCAGCAGGUAUUGCCAGGGCCUUCGGCGGGCGUCGCCCGUUCAGAAACCACUAAUUUGGGUCGGCCUAAUACACGUGCUCAGGCAGCCAUUACCAAGAGAGCAAACCAAAACUCGGGAAAGGGUAAGGCCACAGCAAAAGGCCCCGGCAAGGGUAAGGCCAUUGCCAAAGCGUCAAGUAGAAACGCCCUCUCACAGGUGGUAGACAUUCCUAGUGUGUUUCAGGAACAGCAGCAUCAGCAAAGUUCUACAGAGGACAGUGAGUGUUCCGGAUUAGAGGAGGAGCACAGGGAACCUCAAGUUGCUCAGCCAGUGGCUCAGGGGAACGCGACCGUCGUAGAGGUGCCAGGUGGCAAGCGCAAAUCCAAGAAGAAACACAUCUCUGCCAAGAAGAAGAGAAGUAGGCAGUCCGAGACGGAGGACGAUUCAGGUACGUCAUCAUCCGAUUCGGAUAGCGAGGGCCCCAUGGAUGGUUACUGGGGUUUGGGUGAAGGGAAUCACGGGAUCCCGCUAUGGGCGCAUGAAAGGAGGGCCAACUCACAUCGAAAAACUUUCAACGGAGUGCUGGACUGGAAAGAUGGGGCUUUGGUUGAGGAUGUAAAGGUGGCCACCAAUCAGUCCACUGAUUUUAUAUUGGGAAAUCACUUGUCACAGAGGAAGAGGAAUAAGAUCCUCAACGGUGAUUACGUGGACAUGUUUACUUUGCUCCCUCCCGCCAAACUACUGGGUAAAGGUGAAAAGAGGCGAACUUCCGGUAAAGGGAGGUACAGGACCCCUAGGGCAGAGCACACCUUUGAGAAUUGGUUAGACGGGUACCAGGUUUUCAUGGGUGUUGUUUCCGCUGCGUAUCCUCGGCGUGCCAUGGAUUUGGUUGCAUAUUUAGCGCAUGUGAGGCGGGCUCACUCGCUCGCAGGGGAACACGCCGUUUUAACUUAUGAUGAGAACUUUCGUAGAAACGCUUCUCUACUACCUUCCACCCGAUGGGACCUAACGGACCCUAACUACUGGGGCGAGGACGUUAAUCCCUACAUUGAAAAGAAAAACCUGGGAUUUGCCAAGGCAGGUAAGACCGAGGCAAAGCGGCGUCGCCUCUGCUGGGAGUUCAACAGGGGUGUAUGCGCGAGACCCUCCUGUAAGUAUGUGCACGAAUGCGACCGUUGCUGGGGAAAUCACCCCGCCUCCGCAUGCUUCAAGAAUAAGCAGCAGCCCUUUCGUGGGGGCAGGGGGUACUUCCACAACACCAAUCGAGGUGCCCCCCGGAUCCUCCCAUCAGGGAACGGGGAACCGCCAGUAACUUGCAUCUGGGCCUGGCCUUCUCCCCGUCUGUCUUCAACCCAUCAAAACUUUGUUAGAUCAAUACCCAAAUAG